AUAAUAUCUAAAUGGGAUACGUGAAUACGCUGUCGUCAGUCGUCACAAACGAUGUCGUACCGUUAUACUUAUGGUAUAAUAAUAUAGUAUGCAUGGUACGGUAUUGAUAAUAAUAUCAACAUCAGAAUUAUCAUUCGGAACGCGGCCGUUGGGAUAAACAACAAUUGAUUAAUGAUCAGUUUUUAUUUUUUUUUUUUAAUUCAUUUUUAUACGGUGCACUUGCGAUUUUUCCACCACCCGGCCGUGGCGACGCGAACGCAUAUUUGUUUUUCCAGUCCGACGGCGUACUCAAAGUUUUUAUGAGCGAGUUUAAAAAUGAGUGAGGCGUCGGCACAACAGCAGCCUGCCGCCACAGACGUACAACAAAUGCAACAAACACAACAGCAACAACAACAAAAUCAACAGCAACAAGGCCAAACUCAGCAAACCCAGCAAAUGCAACAAAUGCAACAACCACAGCAAAUACAAGUUAUGAUCCAACAGCCUCAAAAUCAGGUAGACAUGCAACAACAACAAUCUCAACAACAGCAGCAACAACAAACACAGCAAGUUGCUGUAGCCAAUGGUCAGCAAACAAUUACGAUGCAAAUGUCAUCAGAUGGAACCAAUGGCAUUCCACAUUCCUCAGCAUCAAUGUCGUCUAUUGAGACUUCUGGACAAAUGCAAAUUUCAACUAUCCAGCCACAACAGCAACAAGGCCAAGUACAAAUGACAAACAUACAAGCUCAACAACAGGGUCAAGUUCAACAACAACAUCCUAUGCAAGGACAAACACCAGCUCCACAACAACAACAACAACAAACCCAAAUUCAACAAAUCAAUGAUUGGAAUCAUGGUAGAGUUCAGUUAAUUCAACAGGGAGCCCAAUUUUUGCAGUAUAAUGCUCAGGGUCAGCUAAUUAUGCCUGGAGCCAUGUUGCAACAUCAACCUUCUGGUGCUAUACAGGUGAUAGCAGCUCCAAAUAAGCAAUUUCAAUCUCAGCAGAUGAUCACCACAUCUAAUGCACAUAAACAGGUAUUAUCACAGGGACAAGCUACUUCGUUUCCUGCUGGUUACGCUGCUAUACCAACAACUACUAAUCAAACACUUGUCAUCGGUCAACUGGGAGUGAUUAGUAGCCAGCCAAAUAUGAAGCAGAAUGAAAUGCAACAAACUUAUACAAGUUGUGCUACUGGAAGAACUGUACAACAAAAUGCUCAACCUAUGCAAUUUUCACCUUGGCAGUUUAACACUUCUCUUCCCCAAGGAAUUACAUGGGCCACACCUCAGCCUCAAGCACUAUUAACAACACAAAAUCAUCCAAUAUUUAUAAGAGGUACUCCACAGCAAGACGGCCAACAACAAGUUCAAACUCCUAUGUUUAUACAAAAUCCUCCUCCUCAACAUCUCCAACAACACCAUGGCCAAACAAUGAUGCAAACGAGUGGUGGGGUCAUGCAAAAUAUAGGACAAAUGGUAAGUGCCGGAACGACCACUGCAAUAAAAUCACAACGCGCUGAUAUACAACCCAAAGUAGUCGCCACUCCUACUGGUAUGGGAGCAAACCGCCAACUUUCAAUUUUACCAUCAGGCCAUACAAUUCGUCCAAAUGCUACAAUUUCAACUCAAACAUCAACUGGUACACAACAUCUGAAUCAAAUGCAAAAAUCACAACUUAAAGUAAGACCCAAAACCAAUAUUCGUCAAGGAUUUAGUAUAGCUCCGCACAAAUCGGAUGCUGCUAAUCAAACCAAUCAAACUAAACCUUCUCAAUCUCAGUCCCCGCAACAAACUGUUAACGCUAACAAAAUGAUUUUAACAAGCUCAGGACAAAUAGUGCCUCAGAUCCAGCAGCAACAAACAAUGCAAGUUCAGCAUUUACAACAACAGCAAGCUCAACAACAAAUAAAGUUAGUAAGCAUGCAAUCUCCAAAUCAUCAAAUUGUGAGCAUGCAGUCACCCCAAGUUACGUAUCAACAACAACAAAUAAUUAAACCGUUGUCUAUGAAUUCUCCACAAAAAAUUCACAUUCAUCAGUUGCAACAAGGUCAAGCCGUUGUCAGUAGUCAGCCCCAGCAACAAAUUACUAUACUUGACAGGCCUGUAAUACCAGUUGUAUCAUGUGCUCCUCAUACUUCAGUACAAUCUCCAAUUCCUGCUCUACCUCAGGUUCAAUCGACGCCUGUUAUGACUCCUCCAAUUAAACCUGAUGAAUCUUCUAAAAUGAAUGCUAUGCAAUCACAAGAAACAACUAAUGUCUCAGCAUCUGAGGUACAUGAAAGUUCAUCUGUGACAUUGCCAGUUACAACAAAUGAGGAUAACAGUAGGGACAAGGGAUUACCUAAGGCUCUAGUAAAGCCACAAGUAUUAACUCAUGUAAUCGAAGGAUUUGUCAUUCAAGAGGCAGAUCAACCAUUCCCUGUAAACCGUUCAUGCACUCUGGCUGAUAUGGCUAAUAGUACUCAAGAUAAAGAAAACAUCAAACUAGAUGAUGAACCUCCUAAUAAAAAAUCUAAAUCGGACAUAAAUUCUCAAGAGAAUAUCAAGUGUGAUUAUUGUGGAAAACAUGAAGAACUCCAGAAAUUUAAGAUAAAAAAGAAAUCGAAACGUUUUUGUUCUCAAGAAUGCUCUAAAAUGUUUGAAAAUAAUUUGAAAAAUGGUCAAGUGGAUAAAAAGAAUGGGAAAAAUUGGGAGUGUGAAAGUAUUGGAUCAGUGGGCGAUUCUAGUAAUACAAGUUCAUCAGUCGAUCCACCGAACCGAAUGCAAAAUGAUUCAGAAAACAAGACUGAUUUGAUAACAGAAUUGUCAUCUAUAAAUCCUCUAACAUGGACUGUUAAAGAUGUUAGGAAAUUUAUUGGUCAACUAACUGAAAGUGAAGAAAUAGCUGCAGACUUUGAAAGUCAUGAGAUUGACGGUCAAGCGUUAAUGUUACUCAAAGAAGAUCAUCUCAUACGAGAUAUGUCUAUGAAGUUGGGGCCUGCAUUAAAAAUUUUCGCCAAGCUUGAUUCGAUGCGUUCAGAAAACCCAGAACUUGUGCCCCCUGCAAAUGCCCAAUAAAAAGACUGGUAUUAUGUGCACUUGUUAAAGUGAAUUAGUGACUGUAUUUGAUGUAAUUUAAUUUUUUUAUUUAAUUGACACUGAACGAGUGUUAUUUUUAAAUCCUAGGCUACUGAAAUUGUCCUAAAUUACUUGUUUAAUUGGCUUGAAAACUUAAUGUAACCAUGUCAUUUUUAAGUACCUAGUUUUAAUGAGUAUUUAAUAAAUAUUUCCAAUUUUUUAAGAGAUUCUUCCUAGUCUUCGACUUUUUCUUAAAUUUGUACUCUUAAACUUAACUUUUUUUUAUAUCAACAUUAAGUGCG